AUGGCAUCACCCGUUCUCACUUGUUCCUCAAUUCCGCUUCCCGACGAGCUUCGUUCUCACAUCUUAACAUCUUAUAUCACUUCAGCGCCUCUCAGUACCCUUUGUAUACUCGCCAGAUGCUCCAAGGCAACAUACGGACGGGUGAUGCCUAUACUAUACUCGACUGUAGAAUUAGAUAAGAACAAUGCAGAGCAAUUCGCUUAUGGACUAUCAACCAAAAUUCAUACCCCCUUAAAACAAUUGAUCAAAAUCAGAAAUGGACAUCUUCCAAAAGAUUACCAGAGUAACGAAGAAUCUGGUGUUCAAGAUCUGCUCGCACUAUCAUCAGAACAUAGGAAAAUCACCUUAUUGGGGUUAAUCAAACGUCUCGUUCUGGUGGAUCUAGCAGGGGCGAUAGUGAUCAGUAGGAUAUUAAGGAUAUAUCAAUUAUUGCAAGAAAUUUGGUUUACAGAUAAACCAAUCUUUCGUUCGUUAUCAUCGAUUCAUAUCAGAUCGAAAUUCGUUAGAUCUUUAUGUAAGAUUAUCAAUGAGUCUCAAUUCCACUCAAACUAUACCAUAUCGCAAAAUAAAGCCAAAGUCAAAAGCAAAAGUAAAAGUAACUAUAAAAAGAAAAGCAGUAAACUUGAUACUACUAGUCACAGGAAAGCGAAUUUGCGAGAUCGGAAUCAGGAGAUUUCAGUUUCAGCAGUACAUCUCGAUGACCUUAUAAUCCAUUCUUUGGGAUGGGGUUUACGACCUACAAAAGUAAUUCUAGAUUCAUCUGCUAUCAGUGAAGGAGGAUCACGAACGCAUCAUGGUUAUUUGGAUACAGCAGGAACUAGUAUCGUGAACACAAGAUUAUGUUAUCACUGGCCUAUGAAGGUUUUGAUACUGAACAAUUACCAGGGAUUCGAAGAUUUACCUCAUAUAUCAUACUGGAACGAAAGAGAAACACUCGAAGCGUAUAAUAUAUAUUACACCCUGAGUGAAUUGAAUUCAGCCCAAGAGCAGGAAGAAUUGAAGACAAAGAGAUUGGACGUUCUGAAAAAAGCUUUGCAGGACUAUAGAAUGUGUACACCUGUUUCCGACGAUAAGAUAUACGAUACGAUCAUCAACAUAUACUCUGAGGAGGGGUUAUGGAAAGCUGAAGAAGAUAGAUUGGAGUGGAUAAGAAAGAAUGUAGAAGAAGAAAGACUGAGAACCAAAUUGACAGAUAGAUUGAAAUGCUUCAACAAUGUGGAAAUGAUCUAG